GCAGAGGAGGCAGGUUCAGACAGCCUCCAUCCAACCAAUUGAGGGCUCCAUCCUAGAGUGGUUGCCCUGGAACAACUCUCUCCCAAACGGUGUAGUUUCAGUCUACAAUGAAGAUGCUGGCCGCACUGAAUAUGUUUGCAAAUACAAAUGUUUCACUGGUCAUUAUAACCCCAACAAUAAAAGUCCUAAGAAAUAUGCAGGUGCAGAGUUUGCGAUCUUGGUGAACAGAGACAACUUUGAAACCUUGGAGUGGAAGGAUGGUUCAUAUGGUUUAGCGCCAAAUAAUUCAGUCCGAGCCUGUUCAGGGGAGGACGUAUAUGUAGGAAGGAAUGAACAUGGACUCGGUAGAGUAGAUAUCCAGAAAAAGCUCCUCAUUGUGUCCAAAAGAGGAUCUCAGUAUUUAUGCAAAAAGUACCAAGUCUUGACUGUUAAUGACAAAAUAAUCAGCCAGCAGAUUGACAGUGUCAGGUACAUCACUGAUGAGUCAAAGAUCUUCAACUUCCCUCCUGAGAUUAUACAUAAAACAACCACCAGCAACUACGAAUGUCAUCCAGUGGAGAAAAAGAACGCCCUCUUCAAGUCCUAUCAGGUGACUCAAUGGUGGGACACUGAUGUUUCUGCUAAUAUUGCCUUUAAGACAUUCAUCGUCCCCCUCAUCACUUCCUUUGGUGUUGAGCUAUUUUUCCAGUACUCCAAGGGAAACAGACAGACACCUUCACUGAAACCAUCUCUAUAG